GCUGACCGUUGGUGUCCAGUUGGAAGCGGCGUCGAUAUCCGUACGGACCUUGGAGGGUUACAUUUACCCAAAACUUAUUUUCAAAUGGGCCCCGUCGCCUAGCGUUUACUCCCCCCUGCCUCGCCGACUGAGUUGAAUUGGGUGCUACUGAACAUCGGCACGUCUGGGUCGCUAAAAGGUUUCCAUCGAGCACAGUGACCAACAACGGUAGGAUGGCAGCUAUUCCAGCAGGCGGUUCUCUCGUGGCGACCACUGACUACUACCGAAGGCGCAUCGGCUCUACGUCCAGCAGCAGCUCUUGUGGCAGUUCGGAGUACAGCGGAGAGGUCAUCCCUCACCAUCCAGGACUCCCCAAGCAGGACUCUGGCCAUUGGUGGUCCAGUUUCUUCUUUGGGAAGCAGCCAGGGAUGACCCCACUGACUGAGGAGGCACAGCAGAAGGCGGGGGUCCCGGGUGCGGUGACAAACGGUCAGAUCACCUGCGUUGCGAGGGAGAUGGUGAUGCAACGGCAGGUGAGUGAGAGCAGCGACGCAGGAACCCCCACCUCCUCCUGAUCCCGCGGCCUCACUCUGAUCCACACCGCACCUCGGCGAGAAUCCAACCAAUGACCAACGCUAGGUGACGGGAGGAUGUCCCGUUUACAACCUUUAUUAGUUUUUUUUUUAUAUUAUUAUUCAUCGUAGUGUAGGCUGCCGUACCUGUUUUUGUUUUGGUAACCUUGUGUGGUUUUUUUUUUUUUUUAUUGACAACAAAGAAAAAAAAACAAUAAAAAAAACAACAACAAAAAAAAAAAACAACAAGACGAUGAUGCAACUGAUAAGCUCCUUUGUUUUUUUUUAACAUUUGUACUGUUCUGUGUUUGUGAUACUGUGGUGCAUACACCUCCACAUGCCUUUGUUAAACAUUUUUCACUUUUGUCACCCUGUGAUUGCAAAUGCAAUAAAGUAGACUCUUGCAGCCUAAA